AUGAGCGUCCCUCGCCAGACGCCACGGAACGAGGGAAUAGCUAUCAACAUUAUUGCCACUUCUUUUAUUCACGACAACACCAACAACAUCAUCAUCGGUGUCCUCAACAUCCAAAAUCUUCACGCCAAUACCGUCAACAUUGACAACAUUUCUGUCAUCAACAACAACAACAGCAUCAACAACAAUGACAUCAGCAACAAAAAUACUAGCAACAACAUCAUCAACAACAACAACAACAACUUCAUUCUCGUCAACACGGGUGACGAAUUCAUAAGCGUUCGACGGCAAGCCACUUUUAAAGUUCAGGGAAUGUGGAAAUGUUUCAGGCAUUGGAGCGAAUGGAUGAUGUAUGAAGAGUUUAACAUCGAAAAAAGUAAAAAAUCGAAGAGAUACGCCAGCGAAGCAAAUACUAGCAGAAACAAGAUGAAGAAAGAUGGCACCGUUGUUGGUCAGAACAGCAGAAACAAGUUGAAGAGUAAUUACGAUGAAUAUCAUUAUUAUUAUUAUGACGAUGAUGGUGAUGAGGAUGAUGAUGAUGGUGAUGUUCCUCACUCCCACCUUGAACAACGACAGCAUCAUAAACCAUCUAAUCUGCUCCAGUUAGGAAAACCAAGCCUCGGUAACCAUAACAAGCGGCAGCUGGAAGAUGCACACAGCAACCAACAACACAGCAACCAACAACACAGCAACCAACAACACAGCAACCAACAACACAGCAACCAACAACACAGCAACCAACAACACAGCAACCAACAACACAGCAACCAACAACACAGCAACCAACAACACAGCAACCAACAACACAGCAACCAACAACACAGCAACCAACAACACAGCAACCAACAACACAGCAAUGUUAGACAUAUCAACCAACACAUUAACAACCGAUUUUUCAUUCAACUCGAACAAUUAGAACAACAAAAAUACAACACUGUAAAUAGCAAGUUCAACUACAGCAACCACAAUAACGUAAACAAAAUAAAUUUUACUGGAAAAAACACGAAAAAAAAUAGAAACACCAAUAAUUAUAUUCUACUUCAUAAAUGGAACAUAAACAAAAUUAACAUUAACAACAGCAGCAACAACAGAAACAACAGAAACAACAGCAACAACAGAAAGAAGAACAACAACACAACAUCCGAUGAAUUUUAUUCAUAUCUUGGUGACUCUCCAUUCACCAGCUUACCAUCAUCCUCAAAAUCAUCAUCAACAUCAUUUUCAUCUUCAUUUCCAUCGUUAUCAUCAUCAUCAUCAUAUCCAUCAUCAUCAUCAUCAUCCUCGUCGUGGUCACCAUCACCAUCUCUGGUGUUCUUCAGUAGACAAGCGUAUUUUGAACUGCCUCAUUGGUCUCCCAUGUCCAAUCCAAACAUAAUGAACAAAAACAACAACAACAACAACAAUAAUAAUAAUAAUAAAAACAAAAUCAGCAAAAUAAAUAAUAUCAACCAUUUCAGGAACUACAACAGCACGCACAUGCAUGGUGGUGUUUCCAGCGACAAACACAUCCACUCAAUCGACUUCUCCACUCAUUACCACAACCUGCAUACAAAUUAUACCGCCAACAACAAUUAUGACAUCAAUUUCAAUCACAUCAACUACAUCCACAACUCAGACAGUCACAUCAACAUGAACACCGACCAGAAACACCCGACAAAUUUUGUCAGGUAG